CGGUUGGACGACUCAAUCCGAUUAGCAUGUGAUGGCUUGGCAAAAGAAAUGACACAGCACAUAGAUGACGGCGAAGCUCGGAAGCUUGCUAUAUGGCUUGCAGGUAUUUGCAAACGUUCAGCGGGUGUGAGCACAUUGGAAGCUCAGUCCAAUCUCUAUCUUCUCAUCGAUUUAUCCACAUUUUUCCAGUAUUACCAUGCUGAAAAGUUUGAGGCGUGCAUGGAAAUAAUAAAGAAGCUAAAAUGCUUACCAUUAGAUCCAGAUGAGGUGCAAGCAUUUGUGUCCACUUUUUACAUGGUUUCCGACCAGAUGCGAUUAGUGUUACCGGAUUUGUGCAUGGCAGUGAUGAAACUGAUCUUGGAGGAAGUGACGCGGAGGUCGGAGGCCAGUGAUGAUUUACGCCUUCGUGCCAAAGCAAUCAUUUUGUACGUGGGAAUGAUUCCUUAUCGUUUUCCUUCACAAAUAAGCUCCCAAAUCCUGCAGCUAGAGAAUUAUUUUGAUUGA